AACAUAUCCAAUGCAUGUAUAUCUUUAUAUACUCUCACGUAGUGUUUUAAUUAUUUUUCACUUAUCGUUUUUUUGGCAAAUUUUCUCACAAUUUUGCUUUGAAAACUUACAUUUUUUUUUUUAAUUUUUCUAACAGUAAUCACUUUUUUUCGAAUUCAAUUUAGGCUUUUUCUCGAGCACAUUUUCUUAUAUGAAAAAAAAGACAAAAACCAAAUACAACAAAUUUCGUCAAAGAAUUUUAAAAGUUUCUUUAAAAAAAACUUGUAUGAUACACUUGAAGCUUAUUUCUUUACUACUUUCGAAAUGUUCUGCAAGAAAAGUGUUUUGUAGACUCUUUUUUCCAAAUAUUUAAUACAAGAACAACAAAAAACAACAACAAACAUAAAUUACAACAAACAAAAGUCAAAAAUCACAACAAUCUCUCUCUCUAAAUAAUAAUUCCACAACUAAUUUCUUAGAGCUCCCGUGUGUUUGUGUUCUGCGCCCAAUGGCUCUCAGCUCGUUAUGAUGGAGACAUUUCUUGUCCUGGGUCUAUGUUUUAUUCUAUAUGAAGCAUUGGAUUUCUUUCAAGGAUGCAUUCAUAGUGCCACUCCAAAUACCAGCGAUCAAAUUGAUGCCUAUCGUCGUCAGCUCGACGAACAGCGACAAAAACAACAAGAAGAACAAUUUCUGGCGAAUUUAACGCCAUUGCUGAGUGCCCAAUUGGCAGCGGCUGGAUUUAAUCUCAGCACCUUGACCACACCGACCGCAUCGACGGCCAGUGUCAUAAGCGAUCUCAAGGCCCAGGUGGUACAGCGUGAUAGUGAACAACAGCAACAACAAUAUUCCGUUAGUACACCAGCCUUACACUCGGGUGUUGUGGGUUUAAGUGGAGUUGGAGGUAUUGGCCUGGGAGACGACGGUGCCGGCUUUCGUCCUGCCAAUCUUAGCGUUUACGAAACCCAGGAAUUGCAUGCAACCUCGUCCUUGCCCCGUGACUAUUAUUACCUGCAACAACAGCAAUUAAAGAAUAAAAACUCCUCCAAAUCCUUGCUCUCGAAAUUCUCAUCAGGUUCGGAUAAUCGUAUCUUCCCAGAAUCGGCCAGUAUUUUGGGUAACCCGGCUGGUGUCAUUACCACCCAACCCUUACUACAGCAGCAGCAGCAGACGCAACAACAACGCAAUUCAUUUGACUGCCCCACACCCAUAAUUACACAACAACCCCCGCCAGCUACUGGCUGUAUACUAGCCCAAGACUUGAAGAGAGCCUUAUUGCAAAACAAAAACAACAACAACGAUCUAGAUCAAACGAACUCCCCAUCUCAGCACCACAGUUCACAGUUAUCUCUCAACUCCACCCAUCAAAUCUCCUCUUCCGAAGAAGACGACGACGACGAGGAGGAGGAAGAGGUCUCCGAUUCAUCUUCCACCCAGGGCGAGGCAUCGCUGCAAUCCUGUCCCUACACCUCCGAUCACGACGACAUCAACGAAGAUCGCACAUUCACCGUGGGCUCGUGCAGCUCGUCGCAUGCUGAUUUCCGGGAAAUUGAAUGUGAACGCCUGCGCCGUCAAUGUGUGAGCGUUAAACGCAUCUAUAGCAUAUCGGAGAAAUUUUAGACAAACUAAAACAAAA